AUGGCUGCCCCUGGAGAGUAUUUGCCUCUCAACAUCCUCAUCACUGGCGGCGCUGGCUUCAUUGCGAGUCAUGUGGCCGAGCACUUGUUCUUCAAGUACCCAAAGUACAAGAUCGUGAUCCUGGACCGCCUGGACUACUGCUCCAACACCAAGAACUUUGAAUCCAUGAUGGGGAAACCCAAUUUUAAGUUCGUGAAGGGAGAUAUCAAGAGUCCAGACCUUUUGCAGUACAUCAUCCAGCAAGAGGAGAUCGACACCGUCAUGCACUUUGCAGCUCAAACUCACGUAGACUUGUCCUUCGGCAACUCUGUGACCUUCACCGAUGACAACGUGCUCGGCACUCACAGAAUCCUGGAAGUGCUGAAGGAGAACAAGAAGCAAGUGAAGCGGUACAUUCACGUGAGCACCGAUGAGGUCUACGGCGAGAACUCCAGCUACUCCGAUGCUGGCGACAUGAAGGUUGAGGCGACAUCGCCGCUGGAUCCCACCAACCCGUAUGCCGCAUCCAAAGCAGCUGCAGAGAUGAUGGUCAAGUCCUAUCAUCGGUCCUACAACCUUCCAGUUGUGGUGACCCGUGGCAACAACGUGUAUGGGCCACGGCAGUUUCCAGAGAAGCUGAUCCCAAAGAUGAUCAUGAUGCUGCAGAGGAACAAGAAGCUUACCGUCCAUGGGGAUGGUGCCAGCAAGCGCUCCUACUUGCACGUGAAGGAUGUGGCGGCAGCUUUCGACAUCGUUUUGCACAAGGGUGUCACAGGCAGCACUUACAACAUCGGAACCUCAGAGGAGCACUCUGUGAUUUCCAUUGUGAGGCAGAUCAUCAAGAUGCUGAAGCCCGAUGUGGACCCCGAGAAGAUGAUUGAGCACGUGCGCAACCGGCCCUUCAACGACAUGCGCUACUUCCUGGACCUCCGCCAGCUGGAAAGCCUGGGCUGGAAGGAGACCGUGAAGUUCGAAGAGGGCCUGAAACAGACGGUGGAUUGGUUCACCGUGCACGGCAGCAGCUUUUGGGCCUCCUCGGACCUGGACUCGGUGCUCGUGGCGCACCCCGUGCCCAUGCUGGCCAUUGAGCCCCCGCUGGUGGUGGACGCCACCACCAAGGCACUUGAGCCCCCAGCGAAGAAGGCGAAGAAGGUGAAGUUCCUGGUCUUUGGAAGGACAGGCUGGAUUGGGGGGAUGAUCGCCAACCUGCUGACCCAGAAGGGCUUCUCCUGGGAGUGGGCCAACUCCCGGCUGCAGGACAGGGAGAGCGUGGAGCGGGAGCUGCUGCACAGCGGCUGCACCCACGUGAUGAAUGCUGCUGGGCUAACUGGUCGGCCAAACGUGGAUUGGUGCGAGACGCACCGGCAGGAGACCAUCCGGGUCAACGUCAUGGGUACUUUGACUCUGGCAGACCUGUGCUCCAUCCAUGGAAUCCACAUGACCAAUUUUGCCACAGGCUGCAUCUUCCAUUACGACGAGAGGAAGCCCGAGAAGGUGGAGCGGGAAUCGAACUUGGUUGCCAAGGAUGCGAACCUCACUUUCAGCGAGGAGGACAGGCCCAAUUUCACGGGCUCCUUCUAUUCCGAGACCAAGGGGUACGUGGAGAACAUGCUGCGGGAGUUCACCAACGUGCUGACGCUGCGGGUGCGGAUGCCCAUCGACGGGGACAUCCUGUGCAACAAGCGGAACUUCAUCUACAAGAUCGCUCACUACAACAAGGUUGUCAACAUCCCCAACAGCAUGACAGUUCUCCCAGAGCUGCUGCCCUACGCCAUCGAGAUGGCGCUGCGCCGGCUGGAUGGGAUCUACAACUUCUGCAAUCCCGGCGCUAUUAGCCACAAUCAGGUGCUGGAGCUGUACAGGGAUUACAUCGACCCGGACUUCAAGUGGGCAAACUUCACCAUUGAGGAACAGGCCAAGGUCAUCACCGCUGCACGUUCCAACAACGAGCUCAGCCCGCACAAGAUGUGGAAGGAGUUCCCGAACAUGUUGCCGAUCAGGGAAUCUUUGGUAGAGUUUGUCUUCAAGCCCCUCCAAACCGAGAAGUCGAAGGCGAAGAUGGGCGCAAAGUGA